AUGUACAUCGACUACAUCCGCGUCUGGCAAGACACGUCUACGGGCUCCAAGAUGAGCUAUGGCGCACAUCACUCGGGCAAGGACCUCCACGCGGACUUGAGCUUGAUUGAUGGCAAGGGCCCGCUGCACUGGGGUAUCAACUACAAGGGCACGUGCUUCCCGAUCGCAAACGGAUACAAGGGUGGGUUCCUCUGCGAUCGCGACAGUCAGAACCCAAAGUGCGACGAGCCACGCCAAGACUGGCAAGCCCCGACCGCCAUGAUGGAGCCAUUCGAGUAUCAAAUGGACGCGAUUUCGGCCAAUUGGGACGUGAGCUACGAAGCGUACACGACCUUCUACAAGUACCAGCUCGAGUGGUACGAUGAGAUUGCAGUUACUCCAGCUGCAAAGUGCAAUGUGACUCAUCGUGGUGAUUAG